AUUUGAAAUGGCAAUCUAACUGAAAAGGGGAUUUCCUUUUUCGCUGCUGAUUUUUUUUCUUUUCUUUUCCUUCUUCUUCUUUGUGUUUCCACUUCUUACUCAUUUUCCUCUAUACUUAUUUUUUUUCUUCUUGUUGACAAAGGAUGAGUUUUGAUAAUGCCGGUCAUUAUUUGAAAAACAUGUUGGAUCCUACCAAAACAGGUCUAUCACCGGCCAUCCUCGUUGCUUGGUGUUUCCUUUGCCAUCGACUAUCGUUCUUUUUGGUAUAUGUACUCCCGCUCUUACCGUUGCUAUACUACUGUUAUAUUCCUCAAAAAACACAACAUAUCAAACUGGUAGAAACAUGGCGAGACACUUGUACGACUCAACUGAAUCAACUACGUACAUGGUAUAUUGGUCAUCACCCUCCUCAGUUAUUUCUCAUGGGACUCUAUGGUUAUAUUUUAUGGGUCACAUUACAUCAGUUCCUACCUACCAACUGGAUUAUUAUGGGUAUUGGUAUUGUGCUUUUGACUCGAGACCAAUGGUUUACAACUGUGAUGCAUCAAUCACAUGUUCAUCGUCUUCAUACCUGGUUACUACCUACAAAUACUUCUUCCUCCACUGGUCAACGUCUCGUUCAACGUGCUUUGGAUUAUCAACAACAUUACAUGACAAGUACACUCAAUAAACAACAAAAGCAUCAUAGUGAAUCUUUUACAUUUACAAUUUAUGAAAAUCAACGUCGUUCACCAUUGACAGGUAACUGGCACCCAACAACAUUAUUACCCUUGGAUCGUGCUGUAUGGACGGACGAAUAUCACAAUCCGGUACUUCCCAAACAACAAUUUGUGCUUCCUGCUCCUGUUCAAAUCCUUGAUGAUGGUCGUAAAGUGGUGUGGACUUGGGUCUGGGUAGAUCCUGAUUGGCAAUGGCAAGGUUCGUCGGAUGAUGAUGGUUGGAUCUAUGGUAAUAUGACAUGGACAGAAAGUCAAUCCAUUGGAUUUGGAGCAACCAGAAGAAGAGCUUGGACUCGUAGAGCUAUCUUGGAAUAUACACCAACUGUAAUUUCAUCACCACCAUCAGUAUCAACAACAUCUGUACCUCGAUUGACUGAUCUUUCUCCUGUUUCACCUUCAUCUCCCAUACCUACUGAUUAUUCUCGUCGUUUUAAUGAAAAUGGUAGUCAGGUCAGUGUGUAUUCUCAACAGGAUGAAUCAUCUUAUCACAAGCGCUCCUCCUCUCGAUCUACUCGUCGGCAAGCUGUUUGGAAAAGCAUAGUGAAAACUUAGAUCAAAAAGUGAUGUAGGUAACGACAUCUUUGAUUUGGUAUGGUUAGAAUGAUUCCCUACUAUGGUCUUUGUUAUUAUUAUUAUUAUUACUAUUGUUAUAUAUUACCUUUUUUUUCUUUUUUUUUUUUGUCUUUUACUACUACUUGUGUGUAU